AUGGAACAUCCAGUGAACGCGAUGUCUCCACAAUCUCAUUCAGCUAUCGAGUCAUUGGCUCACAGAAUACAAGGGUUCUUGACAACACCGCAUAAUAAAUUUGGUUUGUUCCAUCGAUACUGGACAAAUGCUCUUCCUUUGCACGAUCUGGAGGAGCUGCUGUCGUUGGAAGACCUGUCUGAGUCUCCGGGUGCAGCUGAAUUUGCUAAUGAUACUUUCCAGCGAUACUUUCCAUAUCCAAAUGCAACGUCCUUCCGUCUCAGCGACUGGUACUGGAAUGGGGGCGUGCAGAAAUCUCAAUCAAGCUUCAAAGCAUUGCUGGAUAUUAUCAGCGAUCCCGAAUACGAUCCUGCCGAUGUUCGAGCUGCGCAUUGGGACGAUAUCAACAGGCAGCUUGCUAGUGACCAGCCCGGAGAAUGGGCGGAUGACGAUGCCGGCUGA